AUGGCUCCUCGACGAACCCAUAAAAAGUCCCGAAACGGUUGUCGAGAAUGCAAAAGACGCCACCUGAAGUGCAAUGAACAAUUUCCUUGCAGCAACUGUUCGAAUCAUGGCAUUUCAUGCAGUUUCGUGCCUCCCGGAGACGCGGUUCCAAGCCGCGAAGUCUCUGGGGCCCCUCAAGGCUCCCCAGCUGGCCUGCCACCAGCAGCUUCGACCCCGAGCGUACUAUCAUUGUCUCAUCAUUCUCCGUCGAUUUUGACGCCCCCUGAAUCGGGCUACUCAAGAAAUUCAGCCCUCUUGGAUCUACUUUCAGACACCCUCCACGACGUACCUACUUUGCCCAAAGAGAACUGGGUUCGCGACCUCGAAUUGAUGCACCACUUUUGCACUGUGACAGCCGACACACUAGCUAUGCGCGAGGACAUGCGGUACACCUGGCGAGUCAUUGUUCCAACCGAAGGCUACGCAAAUGAGUUCGUCAUGCACGGCAUUCUUGCAAUUGCUGCUAUUCACCGAGCCAGUCUCUUUCCUUCACGUCGAUCAAUCUACCUGGAAUGCUCCGAUUAUCAUCAAAAUUGUGGGCUACAGACUUUUCGGGCCCUGCUUUCUGCUCCAAUGAAACGCGAAAAUUGGCAGGCUAUCUUUUGUUUUGCGUCAAUGCUGGUCAUAUGGGUGUUCGCUAUGCCUGUUCGAUCCGCGGAUUGUCGUCUCCCCAGUCCAAUUGCGAACGUCAUUGAAUUGUUCUCAGUCAUCAGAGGCAUCCAGGCCAUCCUGGAGCCUUUCAAAUAUCCCAUUAAAAACUCUUCAUUGGCAGCCUUUGCGCAUGGGGUCUGGGCGCACACCGAUGACAAGGAGUGGUACUCCAGCUCCAUAUCUGAGUCCCUUCUCCCCGAGGAUACCAUGUCCCAACUAGGAGGUCUCCGGGAUUUGGUUGAAUCCAGCAACUUCGAAUCGGACGAAAAGGAAGAUCAUAUGUCCGCCAUCGCGUCUCUAGAACUCUCAGCCAGACACAUGAUCGCAGCUGGCCUGCGCAUAGAGAUUGGCAUGGCAUUAUUCUGGCCCUUUUUGAUUCCGCAACGCAUCAUGCGUGCUAUAAACAACAGAGACCCUCUGGGGCUCAUAUUUCUGGCCCACUUUUGCGUUCUUUUUAGCUUUUUUGAGAAUCAAUGGUUUACGAAGGGCUGGGCAAGACAGGUUCUUGCCGACAUUAUACCCUGUAUCCCGUCCUCGCACACCUCCUGGCUCAACUGGCCAAGGGAGCAUGUUUGGAAAUCCCGAUGA